CAUACGUGGUUUUUGUCGAAGAUUCAGGAUGACUUUAGAGGUGGAAAAAUUAACCUAGAAAAAACUCACAGGUUACUUGAAAAAUUAGAUAUUCGGUGCAGUUAUAUUCAUGUGAAAAAUAUUUUUAAGGACAAUGACAAGCUGAAACAAGGAAGAAUCACCAUAGAAGAAUUUAGAGCAAUUUAUCGAAUUAUCGCACACAGAGAAGAAAUUAUUGAGAUUUUCAAUGCAUAUUCUGAAAACCGGAAAAUUAUUUCAGAACAUAAUCUGGUUCAAUUUCUGACACAAGAACAAUAUACAGUUGAGAUGAGUAAAACUAUUGCUUUUGAGAUCAUUCAGAAAUAUGAGCCUAUCGAAGAAGCUAGGAAAGCACACCAAAUGUCAUUUGAAGGUUUUACAAGAUACAUGGAUUCAUCUGAAUGUCUACUAUUUAAAAAUGAAUGUAGAAAAGUUUAUCAAGAUAUGUCUCAUCCAUUAAAUGAUUAUUUUAUUUCAUCCUCACAUAACACGUAUUUGGUAUCUGGUCAAUUAGUGGGACCAAGUGACCUUUGGGGAUAUGUAAGUGCCCUUGUUAAAGGAUGCCGUUGUUUGGAGAUUGACUGCUGGGAUGGAGCACAGAAUGAACCUAUUGUGUAUCAUGGCUACACCCUCACCAGCAAACUUCUGUUUAAAACUGUUAUCCAAGCAAUACACAAAUAUGCAUUCAUGACAUCUGACUACCCAGUGGUACUCUCUUUAGAAAAUCACUGCUCUCCUGCCCAACAAGAAGUAAUGGCAGACAAUUUGCAGACUACUUUUGGAGAGUCCUUGCUUUCUGAUAUGCUUGAUGAUUUUCCUGAUACUCUACCAUCACCAGAGGCACUAAAAUUCAAAGUAUUAGUUAAAAAUAAGAAAAUAGGAACCUUGAAGGAAACCCGUGAAAGAAAAGGUUCUGAUAAGCGUGGAGACAAUCAAGACAAGGAAACAGGGGUAAAAAACCUAUCUGGAGUAAUGCUUUUCAAGAAAAAGAAGGUGAGGAAGCUAAAAAUUUCUCUGGCCUUAUCUGAUCUUGUCAUUUAUACUAAAGCUGAGAAGUUCAGAAACUUUCAACAUUCAAGAUUGUAUCAGCAAUUUAAUGAAAAUAAUUCUAUUGGGGAGACACAAGCCCGAAAACUUUCAAAAUUGAGAGCCCAUGAGUUUAUUUUUCACACCAGGAAGUUCAUUACCAGAAUAUAUCCCAAAGCAACAAGAGCAGACUCUUCUAAUUUUAAUCCCCAAGAAUUUUGGAAUAUAGGUUGUCAAAUGGUGGCUUUAAAUUUCCAGACUCCUGGUCUGCCUAUGGAUCUGCAAAAUGGGAAAUUUUUGGAUAAUGGUGGUUCUGGAUAUAUUUUGAAACCACAUUUCUUAAUAGAUAGUAAAUCAGACUUUAACCCAAGUAACAUAAAAGAGAGUAUGCCAAUUACACUUACAAUAAGGCUCAUCAGUGGUAUCCAGUUGCCUCUUAGUCAUUCAUCAUCUAACAAAGGUGACACAUUAGUAAUUAUAGAAGUUUUUGGUGUUCCAAAUGAUCAAAUGAAGCAGCAGACUCGUGUAAUUAAAAAAAAUGCUUUUAGUCCAAGAUGGAAUGAAACAUUCACAUUUAUCGUUCAGGUGCCAGAACUGGCAUUAAUACGUUUUGUUGUUGAAAGUCAAGGUUUAAUAGCAGGAAACGAAUUUCUUGGGCAAUAUACUUUGCCACUUCUAUGCAUGAACAAAGGUUACCGUCGCAUUCCUCUGUUGUCCAGAAUGGGUGAGAGCCUUGAGCCUGCUUCACUGUUUGUUUAUGUUUGGUACAUCAGAUAA